AUGAUCAUAGCUGCGUCGCACAAUACAAGCGGAUCCAGCCUCCUUUUCAAAGCUCCCAUCGCAAAGAACAUCGCCGAGAUCAAAUCUAAGCUCGCGUUCGCUGGGCUUCUUGCCUCAACGGCCCUUUCUCAGCCAGCAGACAGGCACAACUACACCACCCCCCGUCCUCCUUCCCCGAGUAUCGGCUCGGACACUACAAUAAGGGCGGCUCCGCAUCAGCUGACCACGUAUUCCGGCCAAUCAAUAGAGGUCACAUCACCAGCAAUACAAACAACAGGCAGUGCCCCGAACACCUCCGAGCCAUUGUCCUCCGUUCCGGACCCACUUUCCGAAGGCAUAAAUAUCUCCUUCGGGCAGCUCCCGAACUUGAACUCAGAUUCCUCUUUUUCUUUUGAUGAGCAGCAACAACAGCAACAGCAACAGCAACAGCAACAGCAACAGCAACAGCAACAGCAACAGCAACAGCAACAAAAAUCGUCCAAGCAUCUUGAAAAAGAAGAAAUGUCUGGCUCCGUCGCGGGUAGCGUUGGCGCUGGCGAGCAGAUGCGUCUGUCUGGUGGUUUGAGUGGAAGAGGGCAGCUUGCUGCCAGCACUGCCGGCCCCUUUGGUGGUCGCGCGAGAGGUACGUUUUUUUUUCCAUUCAUCUGUGUUAGUAGGUGUGUUUUGGAAUUCAUAUACUUUCUCUUUUCUCUUUUUUCUUUUGCUUUUCUUUUCCUUUUCUUUUCUUUUGCUUUUUGCGUUGUCUCUGCUAUGGUUGUUGCACCGGUUGAAUUUGUCUUCACUGGUAGAAACACAAGCUCUAACAUGCUUCCAGGCAUUGACAACUGGCGCCAGCGAGCGCAGUCCCCGCCCCAGCCCAGGACCGGCAAUGGUAUAUAUCUAUUCAGCCUCAAUCAUCUGAGCCAAGCUGAUCAGUAUAUAGAUACAACCUCUUCUCCUUCUCUGGGCGCGGUCCUUGCUCCCGCCAAUGGCAACUUUGCUGCUGGCCCCUCCCAGGGGUACAACCCUGGCUUCUCUUCGCCUGUUGCGCCGCGCUCUCCCACCUUGGCGUCUUUUUCUUCUGCCCCGACCCGCCCCGCCGUCCUGUCCCCUGCUGCCCGGCAGCAGUUCACUCCUUUCCCCGGCCCAUCCGCCGUCACCGGCAUCUUUUCGCCUGGCACUCCGACCAUCUCUGCCGGUCUCAGUUUUGGUGACUUUGCCGGUGGCUCCGGCUUCUCGCCCGUCGGCUUCUCUGGUGCUGCCAGCUUUGUCGACCCGUCUGGUUUCGCCUCUCUGUCGCUCUCUGACCCCGCGGCCGCCCGCCAAGGCCAGCUCGCCCAUCUGCGAAUGAUGGGUGAUGCUGGGACUGGCAAUCUUUUCUCGCCCCCGACAUCCCAGCCCCGGGGGCUGUACGGAGUCCCUUCGUCUUCUGCCGGUGGUGGUGGCUCGGCCACGACCCCAACCACGACCGCUCCCCCGGCGAUCCCCGCCCCGCGCCCCCAGAACUGGGAUCUGGCUCAGUACCAGAGCCAGUAUCUGGUCACCAUCGGCCCUGAUACCCAGGGAUACUGUUUUGUCCGCCCUGACGGCAGCCGGACCCGACUGGUGCCCGUUGACAUGCUCCCAUUCUCGCUCGUUGGGCUUCCGCCUUCGGAGAACGACAAUGACAAGCUGAUUGAGUUGGUGAUUCCCACCGGUAUGGACCGACUCUGCAAGAAUAGCAAUAUUGAGCGGGCGGUUGUUCAGGUACGUUCCAUUCUAGUGUUUAUUUACUUGCCCCUUUUCUUGUUGGGUGGAAAGAUCAAGGUCUAUUGCGACAAGUGGGUUCACGAGGGCACCUGCGCGUUCACUCAACAAGGAUGCAAGUACAAGCACGAGAUGCCUAUGGACAAGGCCACACAGCACAGUUUGGGGCUGUUUCAUGGUUUGCCUACCUGGUGGAAGAAGAGGCAGGCAGAGCUGUCUCGCGAGAGCGAGCGGGGUCCUCUGGAGCGCGGUGGGGGUGUUUCCGUUGGUGGAAGGUUUGCUACGGGCGGUUCUGGUGGCGUCACCGGCACUGGCGCUGGCGCCGGUGCUGGUGCUGAAGGUGGUCACAGACGAUAUGGUUCGAGCUGGUCGCGCUGGGACAGUGGGAGUGGUGGAAGUGGUGUGGGGAGCGCAUCUGGUAUGCGCCGCGGUUCUUCUUCUACUGGGAGUGAGUCUGGUUUCCAUUCUACCAACUGGAGAGAGCGUAACCCGGCCCCGGGGUAA